AUGGCCGAGAAGCAGAAGCACGAAGGCAGGGUGAAGAUAGGACACUACAUCCUGGGAGACACGCUCGGAGUGGGCACCUUCGGCAAAGUGAAGAUUGGAGAGCACCAGCUAACAGGACAUAAGGUUGCUGUUAAGAUCCUGAACAGGCAGAAGAUCCGCAGUCUCGAUGUGGUUGGCAAAAUCAAACGAGAGAUCCAGAAUCUCAAGCUGUUCCGGCAUCCGCACAUCAUCAAGCUUUACCAGGUGAUCAGUACCCCUACAGACUUCUUCAUGGUGAUGGAGUAUGUGUCUGGAGGAGAACUCUUUGACUAUAUCUGUAAACAUGGGAGGGUGGAGGACAAUGAGGCACGGCGUCUGUUCCAACAGAUCAUAUCAGCAGUGGAUUACUGUCACAGACACAUGGUGGUACACAGAGACCUGAAGCCAGAGAACGUACUAUUGGACGGCAGCAUGAAUGCCAAGAUUGCUGACUUUGGCUUGUCAAACAUGAUGUCAGAUGGAGAGUUCCUGAGAACAAGCUGUGGAUCUCCUAACUAUGCUGCGCCAGAGGUCAUCUCUGGAAGACUAUAUGCAGGUCCAGAGGUGGACAUCUGGAGCUGUGGGGUUAUCCUGUAUGCUCUGCUGUGUGGCACGCUGCCCUUCGAUGAUGAACAUGUCCCCACGCUCUUCAAGAAGAUCCGUGGAGGAGUCUUCUACAUCCCCGAGUACCUCAACCGCUCUGUGGCCAGCCUGCUGAUGCUUAUGCUCCAGGUGGACCCUCUGAAGAGAGCUACAAUUAAAGAUAUAAGAGAGCAUGAGUGGUUUAAGCAGGACCUGCCUGGCUACCUGUUUCCUGAGGACCCUUCCUAUGACAGCACGGUGGUGGACGAGGAGGCCGUGCGAGAGGUGUGUGAGAAGUUCGAGAGCACAGAGGCAGAGGUUCUCAGCAGCCUGUACAGUGGAGACCCCCAGGACCAGCUGGCAGUAGCCUACCAUCUCAUCAUUGACAAUCGCCGCAUUAUGAACCAGGCCAGUGAGUUCUACUUAGCUUCCAGCCCCCCUACAGGCUCCUUCAUCGAGGAGGGAAUGCCCCUACCCCCAGGGGUAAAGCCCCACCCUGAGAGGAUGCCCCCACUUCUGGCUGACAGCCCAAAAGCCAGGUGCCCUCUGGAUGCCCUCAACACCACAAGGCCCAAACCUCUGGCUGUGAAGAAGGCCAAGUGGCACCUUGGGAUCCGCAGUCAGAGCAAGCCGUACGACAUCAUGGCUGAAGUGUACCGUGCCAUGAAGCAGCUGGAGUACGACUGGAAGGUGGUGAACCCCUAUCACUUGAGGGUUCGCCGAAAGAACCCGGUAACUGGUAACUUUGUGAAGAUGAGCCUACAGCUCUAUCAGGUGGACAACCGAAGUUACCUACUGGACUUCAAGAGCAUUGAUGAUGACAUCAUUGAGCAGAAAUCAGGCUCCUCCACUCCCCAGCGUUCUGGCUCGGCUGCCGGCCUCCACCGGCCCCGCCUCAGCAUCGACUCUGCGACUGUUGCCGUGGAGAUGCCGCAGUUGAGCAGCUCUCUACCGGGCUCUCUACCUGGCAGCACGCCAAUGCUGGCACCACGCCAGGGCAGCCACACCAUGGACUUCUUUGAGAUGUGCGCCAGCCUCAUCACCACACUGGCACGCUAAACCACACACACAUUCACACAGUAACUGAAAGCUCUGAGGAACAGAGGGCUUAAGGAUUGUGGCCUUUUGAGCAGGGGUUACAUGUAAGUCACACCUUCUGUAGCAUCAGCCACCAUUACAUUUCACUCACAUGCAGUCAGCCAUGAUAACAUCUCUCCAGAAUAGCAGCACAUCAUCCUGAAGCCUUUUCAGGCCGCAGAGUCCUUCAUCUAUAGUUUUUUUAUAUAUAAUGUUUUGAUAAUAUUGAUUAUGUUAUACAUGUAUUAUACAGCCUAUUUAUAUGCUCAUAUUGAUCACAUUAGUCGAACUGCUGUUGAUUGCGAUAACAUACCAAAAAAUUAUGUUUAUAUGCAUACAAAGAGAGAAUGAUUAUAAUUUUAUUAGAUAUCAGAUUAUUUAUUUUUCAGAGAUUCUUUUACGGUAUUUAGUCGCAUUAUUCAAGCACUAACUUGUUGAGUGAGGAAUUUAAUUGCUAGCGUUAUGAACAAUGGCUUUUAGUGAUAAGGCAAUACAAGCAUGGAGAGCACUAUUAGCAAACAUGCAAAGGCUGAAUCCCACCAAAUACACUUCACUAGCUUAAAGCACAAAACUGGCAACCUCUGCUGCUUUGCUCGCACUGGCAAAGACAGAACUGCGGACGCUAGUCUGCAUGUGCGUGUAUUCCAAUGAUUUUACAGUUACAACUGAGUAUGAUUUGUUCUCCAUGAUAUUCAGUUUGUGCUGAGGAAGGGCAUUUUCACUAUUAAGUGCUGUGCCUCACACCAGCCUUUUCUCUCCGCCUGUUAGUCAUGUCACAAACUUGGUGGGGUAGAUGUGGCAUUAUGCAGUUAUGCCUUAAAUCAUGGUUAUUUCCCACUAUGGAAGGAUGUGUUAGGCAGGGAAAGGCUAGCCAGAGCCUAAACAUGGUGCCUUGUUAUGGCUAAAGGUGUCAGAAAAGAAAGAGUGUGAGAGAUUGAUUGAACGCUUUGUUCAGCUGAGUCUUAGACUCCACACUGCACCACACAUUGGCCUUGGCCUCAAGGAGGAAGUGCAGUGUAAGCAGCCACAAAGACUGAUAGUCUGAACCCAGGCCAGAGAGAGAUUUAGAGUCUGAGAGAUGAGGAAGGGAAGCAGAGAGAGAGAGGGAGGGGUAUAG